UUUGCAUCAGUCUUCAUGUUGCUAGCCUUUGACAACAGUUAAUCCAUUAAUGACAUCAAUUUUAUGUCUAGCCUUGGCGCAGCGGCAGAGCUGUUGCCUUGUGACCAUGAGGUCACGGGUUCGAGUCCUGGAAACAGCCUCUUGCAAAAAUGCAGGGAAAGGCUGCGUACAAAAGACCCAAAGUGGUCGGACCCUUCCCCGGACCCUGCGCAAGCGGGAGUUACGUGCACCGGGCUGCCCUUUAGAAUAAUUGUUAGUCAAAGGCUUGUUCUAACGAGACAAAGUAAGCCUUGUAAAUUUGGAUGGAGGGAGUACUUCGGAGGCCAAAAGCGACACUAUCAUCCACCAUACUUACAAAACAAAUGAAAACAUUGUUACAUUUGUAACAGUCAAAUCUCAAUUUAUUUCUUUAAUAUUUUUUUGAUGUAUUUGGUACUGUAUCAGGCUUAGAACGGAGGCCUUCCAGGCAGCUGAAUUAGAAGAUCUCAGGACUCUUCCUCCCUCGGAAUUUGAGGAAGAUGAUGCAUCAAGCCAGGUUAUGACUAUGGAAGAACUGGUAAAUCUCACUAUUGCUGGAAAAGAAAUAGAAACGUUAUAUUUUAGUUUCUCCCAGAUGCUGACUGCAACCGACAAUCUGUCUUCGAGAAACUUGGCUGGACAUGGUGGAUUUGGCUAUCUUUACAAGGGCAGACUUCCUAAUGGUCUUGAUAUUGCUGUCAAAAGACACGAUAGAUCUUCAGCGCAAGGUCUACCUGAGUUCAGAGCUGAGAUUGAAAUAAUUCCAAAUCUUCGGCAUAAAAAUAUAGUUGCGCUACUUGGUUGUUGUGUUCAAGGAGAAGAAAAGAUACUUGUCUAUGAAUAUAUGCCAAAUAAAAGCUUGGACUAUAUCAUCGCUGAUGAAUCAAAAAGAGAAUUGCUUAAUUGGUCUAAGCGUCUUCAAAUAAUAAAAGGAAUAGCUGAUGGUCUUCUUUACCUGCAUGUGCAUUCCCAGAUGUGCAUUGUCCACAGGGAUAUAAAAGCAAGUAAUAUCCUGUUGGACCAUGAAAUGAAUGCUAAAAUUUCUGAUUUUGGUCUGGCUAAGAAACUAGCUCCGAAUGUGACUGCAGAAGUCCUUGUUUACGGUACAUUUGGCUAUGCGGAUCCUGAAUAUGUUGCUACUGGAAUGAUGUCGGAGAAGACAGAUGUAUAUAGCUUCGGCGUUGUACUUCUUGAAAUUAUAUCUGGGAAGAUGUCUCGGUCUCAUAUGGCGAAGACGAAGGAGAGCGAAUCUCUUCGGUGUCUUCCUGAUUAUGCGCGCUCGCAUGGAAAGAAGUUGCAUAAGCUUAUCGAUCCGCUAUUAGGCGCUAAGAAGAGUGACAGAGCUCCCAUCAUGGAAUGCAUUAAGGUGGCGCUGAUGUGCGUUCGCCGUGUCCAAGAUCGGCCCACCAUGUCGGAAGUCGUUGCCAUGCUGAGUGCAAGAUGAUCACCAGCUUGCUGUCAUUAAGUAAUACGAUGUUCUAGCUUAUCGAAGACAACCACAGAGUACGAACAUCAUAGGGGGCAACUAGUAUGUUUAUUGCAUUUCUCAUUUCUCAGAAUGCAGCCUGUGAUGAGUUGCCGGUUGGUCGCACGAUUUUAGUUCUCCAUUGAGCUGAUAUGUGUGCAACUUUGAGUUGUGAACUAACAUUUCGUAGCGGAUGCAUGCAUGCCUGGAGACACAACAUCUCACUUUGGUUCUC